AGACAACAUAAAUAGAUAUUAUACGGAAGUGAUAUCAACGGUUUUGUUUUUCACAGAGAAAUAAGUCAAUACACACUAAACAAUGGCGUCCGAGAAAAAGCCAACAUUAAGCUUUUUUGAAAAUUUUGCCCUCUCGGGUGCUGCCGCUGUCCUUUCUAAAACAGCUGCUGCCCCGAUUGAAAGAGUAAAAUUAUUGGUACAGAACCAAGGAGAGAUGUUAAAACAAGGUGUAUUAAGUGAACCAUACUCAGGAGUGGUUGAUUGUACCAAGAGAACUCUACAAACUGAAGGUUUGCAGUCAUUCUGGAGAGGCAACUUGGCUAACUGUUUGAGAUACUUUCCAACACAGGCAUUAAACUUUGCCUUCAAGGAUCAAAUAAAAGCUGUAUUUAAACAGAAAAAAUCGGAUCCCUAUUUAGUCAACUUCUCUAAGAAUAUUGCUAGUGGUGGAGUUGCUGGUGCCAUGUCACUGUGUUUUGUCUACCAUCUUGAUUAUGCCCGAACACGAUUGGCAAACGAUAUGAAAUCAUCAAAGGGUGAUGGAAAGCGACAAUUCAAUGGUCUGUUAGAUUUAUACAAGAAGACCCUGAAAUCUGAUGGUGUUCCUGGAUUAUACAGAGGAUUUGUCAUCUCUUGUGUUGGAAUCGUCUUCUAUCGAGGAUUCUAUUUUGGUUUAUAUGAUACUCUUAAACCACUGUUAUUAGGUGAUCGUCCUCAUUUAGCUUUAUCAUUUGUUCUUGGUUAUGGUGUAACAGUUACAAGUGGUUUGAUCUCCUAUCCUAUUGAUACUAUUAGAAGAAGAAUGAUGAUGACCUCAGGUCAAGCUGUAAAAUAUAACGGAUCUAUGGAUUGUGCAAUGCAAAUUUUCAAGAAUGAGGGUUCUAAAUCUUUUAUGAAAGGUGCUGGUGCCAAUAUUUUACGAGGAGUGGCUGGAGCUGGUGUUUUAUCAGGAUUUGAUAAAUUUCAAGAUUUGUAUAUCAGAGCUAAGAUAUCACGAAACAAGUAAAUUGUUAAGAGUAAAAGUGGAACGGAUGAAAAAGAAAUCUCAAAGUAUCCCAAAAACAUGGAGCUUGAGGAGAACGUUUUUUAAAGUUUGUCCUUGUCAUUUAAAAAAAAAACAAUAUAUUAUAGCCUUACUGUUUAUGUUAUUUCUAAAAACAAUUUUUUAUAACUGGAAUCACCAAAACCAUUCAAAAUUAUACCAGACGUUGAUAGUAGUUAAAUAUUUACCUCAACUUAAAAUUAUUCAGAUUUACAAAUAUUCAGAAUUUUAUCAAUAACUAUUUUAAAACAAUAUCUUAUGACCUAACUGUAUCUUAUGUAAGUUCUAAAAGCAAUAGCAUAAUCUUACUGU